GCAGCUUUAUAACUCAAGAGCCUGAUUGAAACAAGUCACAUAAUCCUCAGUGUUGCCCCAAAAUGUCUUUCAUGAGUUUAAAUGAUAACAGGUUGAAAUGGCCUCCCCAUAAAGAAACUUUUCAGAGGUGUGGUGUGUAAAUUGUAAAGAAGGGGAGGGUUUAAAAAUACCGACAGUAUCUAUGUUGUUCUACUUUCUGAAGACCACAAUGAGCCAUUUUCUCCGUCACUUCUGCUAAGUGCUCUCUGUCUUUGUGGAUAUGAUUUUUUAAAGCGUGGGAUUUAUCAAAUACACCAAAAUGUAUGGAGGACUGCUUUUUAUGAUUGUGACAUGCAGUGUGAACAGCUUUAACAUUCAGACCUCACCGGUGAAAAAUUUCACAAUGAAUGAUCCACUUUUUGGGCAAACCGUUAUUCAGUCGAAAGAUGGAGUUUAUGUUUCUUCCCCCAACACUGGAAAACUUUUCAGCUGCACACUAAAGAAUGAUUGUGUCUUGGUAAAUUCUUCGGAUGAGAUAACAAAAGGCCUGAGACCGAUAGCAUCAGUAGCUGCGAGCGAGAUAUCAGAAGAAGAGCAUCUUCUGUUGUGUAAUCAGGUUCGCACAAAAAAGUCAUCAACGGAGGAUUUGAAUGGAUAUUGCACAAUGAUAAAUCCCACAGGGACAAACAAACUGAAUCCUGCUGAAUUAGCACUCAACAGCAACAACAACAAUAACAAUCGUUAUCAUGGUGGAAGGAUCAAUCCGGCUCAAAGACGAAUGAAAAGAGAAACCCAGGAGACCACAGACACAGCAGCAGGCGAAGAUGAAGAUGAAGAUGACCCAGGAACAGAGAUUGCUUUUGUGCUGGAUGGUUCUGGGAGCAUUCAUGCUGAUGACUUUGAGAGAGCCAAAGAUUUUAUGCACAACGUCAUGAAAAAAGUUUGGGAAAAAUGUUUUGACUGUGACUUUGCAAUAGUCCAGUACGGAAGUAGGAUCGAGACUGAACUCUCACUUCUAGACAAUAAGGAUGGCAACAGGACCUUGGAAAAAGUAAAACAAAUUAAGCAACUUUACAAUCUCACAAAGACCGCCUCAGCCAUCCACCAUGUGCUUACAAACGUUUUGGUCCCUGGGAAUGGAUCAAAAAAUAAUUCCAAAAAAAUGAUAAUCGUAUUGUCUGACGGAAAGAUUUUGGGAGACCCAAUGAACCUUACUGAUGUUUUGAACAUGACCGAAAUGAAGGGAGUAACUCGCUUUGCAAUUGGUGUUGGAAACGCGCUUUUGUCUAAUCCUGAGGCAGUUCAAGAGAUGAAGGACAUAGCAGAUACCAAUAAGUUUUUUAAUGUUUCCAAUUAUGCUGCCUUAGAUGACAUCCUUUCUGAACUGGAACAAAGCAUAACAGGAAUUGAGGGUACUCAACAAGGUGCAGGAUUUGAGUUACAGCUGGCUGAGGCUGGAUUCAGCUCACACAUUGUGCAUGAUAAAUCUCUUCUUUUUGGAGCAGUGGGGGCUUAUGACUGGAGCGGUGGACUCAUUUUAAAAUCCGAUGACAAUGUGAAGUUUUUGAAUGCCUCUAAAAAUGGACCCAAAUUUUCCUAUUUAGGUUACAGUGUAACCUCUGCUAGUUUACCGACUAAAACUCUGUACAUAUCUGGUGCACCACGGUAUAACUUGACUGGUGGAGUAUUUAUAUUUGAAGAGACUGAAAAGUAUGUGCUCCAGGGACAGCAGGUUGGAUCGUACUAUGGAUCAGUUCUCUGUGUCUUGAACCUUCAUAGAAAAAAUGAAACGGAUUAUUGGUUAUUAGUUGGAGCACCACAUUUUCAUAAAGAUGGGGAAGAAGGCAAAGUGCUUGUGUACAAAUUAAAUCAGGAACAGAGGUUUGAGAACGUGAACAUGGAGUUACAGGGCGAUGCAGGACAGACCUUUGCGAGGUUUGGUGCUGCCAUUGCUUCUAUAGGAGAUAUUGAUGGUAACAACUACAAUGACGUAGCAGUGGGGGCUCCGCUUGAAUUAGACGCUUCUGGUAGCAUUUACAUUUACAACGGCUUCGAAGAUGGUCUGCGAUUUUCACAAAAAAUAUCCCCAUCAGAUUUUGGAAUGAAACUUGUGCAUUUUGGUCUGUCAGUAAGUUCUGUAACUAAUACAAAUAAGUAUAUCGCUGUUGGAAGUCAGGGAGGAGUAACAGUUUUUGAGACAAUACCUGUCAUAAUAAUAAAUCCAAAAAUGUCAAUUCAACCGGAUCUCUCAAUCAUUAAUCCCUCUCAGAAAACGGAAGAUUUUAAAUUACAGGUCUGCUUUAAUGUUGUGAAGGGGCAACCUAAAAAUACUGAAACUAUUCCUAUUAAAUACCAGAUUGAUUUGGAUUUUGAUGUCAAUGAAAAGCGCCUACGUUUCGAUGACAGCAGUCUGUUGAAGGAAACCUUCUCUUUGGAUAAAGACAAUGGGUGCACUUCGCUUAUCAACUUGAAGUAUUUGGGUUGUUAUGAUUGUUAUUCGCCUAUUAAAAUUAAGUUGAAUUUUUCACUGGCCCCAAACUCUGAUGGAACCCCUAUCCGAAUCCUUGACAUAUUUACACCAACAGAAAUUUUGAAUGAGAUCCCAUUUAAAAAAGAGUGUGAGGAUGAAGUUUGUAAGCCAAAGAUUACAUUAUCUGAUUCUAAAAUAAGUAACAAUCGUAUCAUAAUUGGAGAAACCGAAAGCUUGAGUAUCAUUUUCAAUCUAACAAAUACUGACUCCCCAUCCUAUAUGACAACGUUAUCUUUGACUUACCCCAGCAUCCUCAGUCUAAAGAAAGCUGAAGUUCACUGUCCUAUAAAGAACGACAAUAACAUACAAUGUCUUCCUCUUCACCCUGAAACAGUUUUCAGAAAAGGUGUAAAGACCAGCAUCCCCAUCUCCUGGCAACCCAUGAACAAGAAAUAUGAGUUGAAGAAUUUUGAGAUUAUUGCCAAUCUAACAAGUAAAAAUGCAGCAUUGCUGGACUCUAAAAUAUACACGUUUGAUGUGAUGUACUCCCUACCGAUCCAGCUAACUGGCAAAGCCAAUCGAACCAGAAUCACUGUAGAAGAAGGAAAGAGACACACUUCACACCUGGAAUUCGUAUUUGAGUUUAUUGGUGUAAACAAGUAUGGUGCCACAAUUGAUGUAGUUGUAACCAUAACAAAGGAAACAUUCAACACAGAUGUGACCAUCAACAGUGUCACACCAAAGAAUUGCUCUCUGCCCCCAAAUAAGAAAGUAGAGGCAUCAUAUCUUGUCAAGUGCACCAUGGAAAAGUUGCAGAAAAUCACCAUUGAUGCCAAGGUCGAUAUAUUUGAUGUUCAGGGCAAAUCAGACAAGAUCAUAGCUGUAGGGCAAUACAGCUUUGAUAAGACCACCUAUGUUGCAAAUAAUCCUUUGAGGACCGAUCAAGUGGAGGUGAUCAUUACAAAGCUGGCUGUAACAUCAUCUAAAGGAUCUAUCAUAGGAGGCUCCAUAGGAGGACUAUUGCUUCUUAUUAUCAUCAUCAUCAUCCUCAUAAAGUGUGGCUUUUUCCGUCGGCGGCGUAAAAUGGACCAAGUGCAGACCCCAGACUAACACCAACAAAGCCAAAGAGGGACCAUAUUUUCCCAUUUAUAUUCCUUAUAUUUGUGUCAAGAAAUGAUUAUUUUAAGAGAUGUAUUGUUUGUGUAAGCAAUUUAUUAUUGAGAAACUAUGAAUAAAUGAUUGUAUUUAAUAUG